CCGGGGGAAAUGGGGGAGCCGCGGCGGACGGUGGCGAGAGCGGCGGCCAUCGUGCUCGGGGCGGGCGCCUGCUACUGCCUGUGGCGGCUGGCGGCGGGCGGGCGGCGGGGGCAGCGGGCUGCGGCCGGAGCCGCCCGGGGCCCGCCGUCAGACAACAGUCCUCCAGCGUCAACCCAUACCAUGGAUGCGGAUGCUCUACAGAAACUUAUUCAUUUGCUCCAGGCCACAGAUGAUCCAUUAAUUCAAGAGCAAGCUUUAAUCACUCUCAGCAACAGUGCUGCCUUCUCUGUAAAUCAAGAUAUAAUCCGAAAUUUGGGUGGCCUUUCUGUUAUUGGAGGGAUGCUCUCAGACUGCGUUCCCAAAGUUAAAGAAAAAGCACUAAAUGCACUUAAUAAUUUGAGUAUGAAUAUUAAAAAUCAGGAAGAGAUACAGGUAUAUAUUACGCAAGUUUGUAGGAACAUUGAGUCAGCUCCCCUGAACUCUGAUCUGCAGCUAGCCGGACUCAGAUUGUUGACUAAUAUGUCUGUUACCACUGACUACCACCAUAAGAUGAUAAACUCAAUUCCAUGCUUUCUUCAUUUGCUUUCAGAAGGAACUGAAAGGACACAGAUUCAAGUUUUGAAAGUACUUGUGAACUUCUCUGUAAACCCAGCCAUGACAAGACAUCUCCUCAGAGCUCAAGUGCCAUCACUGGUGUUACUUUUUGACAACUGUAUAAACAGAGAUAUUCUGCUUAGAGCCUUGACGUUUGCAGCAAAUUUGAAAAAGAACGUGAACAACGAAGAUGGCACCAUGAUGCAGGACCAAUACAGCGAAGAUUCAAUUUUCUUUACACUCUGCAGGGACUCCACCCUAUUUGCUCAGAAACUGGCAUCUUUGUUGCAUCACCCUGAUACAGAAGUGAAAGAGCAAGUUGUGAGAAUAUUAACACAAUAGUGAUUUUUUUUAAAAAACUGACUGACCUGAUGAAAAUAUCUAAUGCUAUGCUACAAAACUCCCAACAAGCAAACAAUAAAACAACCAAAAAAACCCCGGAGUACUACCAUAUUACCAGGCACAGAUCAGUUACUGCAAAAGAGAAUGCGAUGUCUUUAAUACAGAGAGCAUGACAGAUUUUUUUUUAUGAGCAAGAUUAAGCUAUUGCUUUUAUUAGUACUGAGGAACCACUCUACAGCUGGUACAUGUACACAAAGGGGGGGAAUAGUUUAAAACAUGAAAACUUCCAUACGUACAGUGAGCAUUUUAAAUGGACGAGUAAAGUGAAUCGAAAUAUUCUUCUCAAUGUCAUAAAGAAUUUUUGUUGCGUUAAAUGUUUACAGCUGUUUAAUGCACCAUUCUAUAGAGGUAUUUAUUCAAGAUUUAGCAAUUAGAGAUUAGGCAUUUACAUUUUAUUAAUCUGAUGUCUACUAAAUAGGUGCAGGCAAAUCUUAGAAAAUAUUAAAUAAAACUAAUACCAAACUGUCAUUGGCUUCCUACAAAAUUAGUAUUUUCAAUGAAAACUGCAUGUUAAAGUUACUCAGCCUAUGUUUUUUCACCUUACCUGCAUGGAAUAUAUUCUAAAACUAUUCUCAUAUGCUUAGUAUAUCCAUUCCAUUUAGCCAAACUGCAGUACAGUUAACCACAACUGUGCAAGGCUUCUACACUUGAAAAAAUCAAAAGGAUUUUAUCUUGCUUUAAAAUUGUCACUUUAACGAAAGCAUAGAUAUUUUUCAAAAUAUUUUAUUAUGAGUCAAAGAUUAUCUGCAACUGCAAUUCAACAUUCUCAUCGUUAUAAAAAAGUCUACAAGAGCAGCGUCACACACAUUUUUACAAAAGCUUCCUGUUCUGUAGCCACCCUCGAGCCUGAUUUCCUUGGAGAGCUUUACUCCUUUUUUUCUGCAACUGGAACAUCAUUGGAAUAAGUGCUUCUGUUGAGUUAGCUCCCAUAAAGUUUUAGUCAUCAAUCCAGCGUUAAUUCAAAGUGAAGUGGAAUACAUAUAAACAUCAUUGUAAAAGAACCUGAAGGAAAACAUACUAGAAAACACUUCACGCUAAAACAAGACUACUAAAACUUCCUGAACACCACAUCAUAGAGAAAGUAAAGUGUCAGAUGUAAAGGCUAGAAACCAAGUUUUCCACCUUGUACCAUUUUUAAGAGAGCUGUAUUACCUCAACUGUUACCGGAUGCUUCCUCUAUCCAAGUUAAUACACGUACUCUGCUCUUAAUAAAAUGUUACUCUCUUUCUGUAAUUCAAUAGAUACUUAUUUUCGGUAGGUGACUUUGCAAAUAGCUAAAACUGCAAGAAAAAUGUGACCUUGAAAAUACAACAUAUCUAUGCCCUGAUCAAUACAGGGGUAAAGCUACAUGUAUCUAAUUUAUCUACAUAGGUAGUUUUAACUCAUCAGGAGUACAAUUAAGGCAGAAACAGAAGUUGGCAUGAUUCCCAGUCAGAACCCUGACAAUCGCUGCACUGACAGUGAACUUCCCUUUCUCCUUCCCACUGCUCCAAAAACACUGUUCAUUUUGUAAUAAGCAAGUUACAUUACAAUCACUUAAUGUUUUGCCACUUUUUGUAGAUUUAAUUCUUUUCUGCUUCUGUAUUUAACAAAGAAAAAUAAAGGCUAGGUCAGCCACUAAGAAUUUACCAA